GACAAAUCACGAUAAAGAAUAGGCAUAUAAAAUUAUUUGCGAGUGAGAACAGCCGGCUCAUCCCAGAAUACCACUGGGAGCAAACUUGUGAAAUUUUCUUCUUUCGCUCUUGACUCUCCUUAGGUAUCGCCUAUGUGCUUCACCUGUCUCUUCCUCGGUCCUUCUGCUUCUAUAAUACCCUCUGAUCCUCUCUCCAUUUCCGCAUCAAAAUUCACUCUCAUGGAAUUCAGAAACACAGAAGAGUCCAGGAGCUCCAGCGAAGAAACCGAUGAUACGACGGGGAUUGGCAGAUCCUACGAGUGCGUGUUUUGCAAGAGAGGCUUCACUACCGCACAAGCUCUGGGAGGACACAUGAAUAUACACAGGAAGGAUAGAGCCAAAACCAAGCCCAGUCUUGGUCCUUCAUCUUCAAGCAAACUUGUGGAUCUCAGCUUCUAUUCUGCACAUCCUGGAAAUUACUAUUUAACAACCACUCCUGAGGUAGAUAGUAAUUGCCCUCAAUUUUAUCAUCCCGGUACAAUCAGAUCGUCUUCGCAUGUACAGUUUGGAGAUCGGGACGUGUUUGGACCUGGUUGGAGGGCCCGAAGCUCGAGCUUGUGCGCAGUGCGUGACAAGGUACAAGACAAUAUACCAGACGAUGGGCUGGAUUUGGAGCUUCGACUGGGUUAUCAGCCAUAGCAGCAGCUCUAUCCACUGUUUUUUUAUAUAUUGUAUAUUCAAGAGCUUACCUAUACAUGUCCCUCUGUAUUGUCCUUAGUACAGCUCGGAAUUUGUCAGACCCUUGUUUCAUUUCUGGAUCAAAAAGAGUGCCGACUCAACCUUAUAUAUAUAUUCAUGAUCA